AUUCUAUUGCCAAAUGGGUAUUCAUUACUCUCUACCUCCACCCUUCAAAUCUAGCAAAGAGACACAACUAAUAACUUAACAUCUGAAUCACUGCUUGAAAGUUUGAUUAUAGCAAAAGCAAUGGUAUAUCUAUAGUGGUAAAAGAAAGGGACAAGAAUUAACUAUUGCUUUCAGGGCGGAUCCCAAUAGCAUUUCACUUGUGAUUUGAGGCUUGAGCAAAUACCAGGAAAAGGGUAGUUCAAUAAUUUCACCCCCAACAGACAUUUGAAGAUGUCUGUUACAGUUGGGAAAUAUCAGGGUUGGAAACAGAUGGGAGGUCCCAUGAAGCUUAAAAGCUGUGCUGAUAAUUCACAGAGAAAGGAUACUUGUAUAUUAAAUAGAAUAUGGUUCUACCUUUUCUUAGAGGCCCACAGCUAUCAACAGAUGAAACUCAUCAUGAAAAAGAUGAAUUAUUGCAUAAAUAUACGAACAUACCCACCAAGAUCGUUACCAACUCCUGAAUUUACUAUACAUUUUGCUCUUUGUGAUUUCAGUUUCUUGAGAAAAAAGAGAUUAUAUUCUUCCCUCUCAUUCAGCUCCUUCACAAUCACAUCGCUAGGUCUUUGGUGUGAAGAGCAUUUGGUGAUCUGCGUUCAAGUGAAAUCUUCCUCGGUUUUAUGGAAUUGUAGUUCCCAAGUUUCCAAGACUAUUUUUUUCUUAUUCCAUUCACUAAAUCACCGGAUUUCAGGAGAUGGUAAUGGUGAUUUAAUGGCCAAGAAGAGGAGCUGGUUCAAUCUCGUGAGGAAGUUUUUCAUUUCAGAUACACAAUCCAAUCAAGAAAAGAAGGACAAGAGAAGAAAAUGGAUUUUCUUCGGGAGGCUCAAGGUGAAAAGCAGGUUGGCCUCCAUUUCAGCACCAUCACCACCAAGAGAAAGAACAACACUAAGUGAGUCAGAGCAGGAGCAGAGCAAGCGAGCUCUAAAUGUUGCACUUGCCAGUGCUGCUGCUGCUGAAGCAGCUGUUGCAGCUGCUCAUGCUGCUGCUGAGGUUGUUUUGCUAACUGGUGUCCCUCAUUCCACUACCCAUCAAUGUGAUAAAGAAACUGAACAAGUUUCCUCCAUGAAAAUACAAGCUGAUACCCUUCACUCCACUCAUCUAUGUGUGAGGGCUAUCCAGGAAAUUGCUGCCCUUAAAAUUCAAGCUGCCUUUCGAGGUUAUCUAGUGGACACAAACAGCCAGAAAAGAUGGGAUGGAAGCAUUCUGACAAAGGAGGAAGUAGACACCUUGUUUCUUAGCAAGAAAGAGGCCGCAGUCAAGAGAGAGAGGAUAAAAGAAUAUGCCUUUAAUCACAGGAAUUCAGCAGAAAAUGAAAGGAACAAAGUGAAUGGAAGGUGGAGAUACUGGCUAGAUCAAUGGGUGGAUAGUCAAGUUUCUAAUAAAAGCAAAGAACUAGAAGAUUUGGAUACAGUUUUAACUUCAACUCCAAAGCCUAGAGUGGAAUAUAGGGGGAAACAGCUUAAACUGAGAGGUCUGCAGAGACAGUAUCAAGUUGAAGGAUUAGAAUCUCCCAUAACAGCUCCAAGAAGAUCAUUUCACAGAAAGCAAUGCUCCCUGGGAGAAGACAAUUCCUUCUCCAGGUCUCCUGUGAUUCCAACUUACAUGGCUGCAACUGAAUCUGCCAAGGCAAAAGCAAGAUCAAUAAGCUCACCAAAGCUGAGGCCAGGAAGUUUUGAUGCUUACUCUGAUAGCUAUUCACCAUGUAAGAAUAAGUUGUCUCUGAUAGCAUCUAAUGCUACUGAAGUGCCUAAUAAUUGUAGUUUUGGAAGGCCUAGUCCUUACCAGCAGCAGCAAAGAUCUCCAAGUUUUAAGGGCCUUCCAGUUCCGGUAAAAUCUAGCCGGACAUGGAAGGAUCUGAGCUUAAAUUCUGAGUAUUCAUUGCGAACUUGGGAUCAUCAAAGUGCGUUCCAUUGACUGCAAGAACCAAGAAAGAUCUGCUUGGACAAUGGUUUCAAAUGUUUGAAUUUGUUGAACAAUGCCUCAUCCUUCAUUAAGGACUAUUGUAAUGCUUCACAGGUUAUAUAUAUAUAUAGAUGCAUCCUAAUGG